UGGAGAAGCAGAGGAGUGACCAUAGAGGCAGAGGGGUAGGCAGGCUGGCCCAUGGCUGAGGCCUUGCUCCCAGAGCUGGAGGGAGAUGCCGAAGCCACGCCUUGCCCUAGUGUCCUGGAGCUAGAGGAGCUCCUGAGGGCAGGGAAGGCCUCUUGCAGCCGUGUGGAUGAAGUUUGGCCCAAUCUUUUCAUAGGAGAUGCCCAAAGUCCUCGUGCACUGUGUGGUGGGUGUGAGCCGCUCUGCCACACUGGUCCUGGCCUACCUCAUGCUGCACCAGCAGCUAUCCCUGCGUCAGGCAGUGAUCACUGUGAGGGAACACCGGUGGAUCUUCCCCAACCGCGGCUUCCUCCAUCAGCUCUGCCAGCUGGACAAGAAACUGCGGGGUACAAGCCGGAGCUAAGAAGCCAGAGCCUGUCCUUACUGCCUGCCACAGGGCUCUGCCACUUUGCAGCUCUGGCACUGACCCUGCUGGUGCUUUUGGAGGCUGUGGCCCAUGUGGAUGCCAAGAAGAUGCUAAGAGCCCAGCAUGGGAUCCAUCCUCGAGUCUGCCACUCCGUCUACUUCCUCCUGUAUCCCUCACCCCAUCUCGGUCACUGGCUUCAGUCCCCACAGAAACAGCAUCAAAUGUGCAGAGACAGGCGGCUGGAAGCUGGCAGCACAAAUCGCCUGUCAGAGAAGACCACAGCCUGCGUCGGACACCCCCUCAGGAUGAACUCACUGCAGAAGCAGGAUCUCCGGAGGCCCAAGAUCCACGGGGCAGUCCGGGCAUCUCCCUAUUCGCCACCCACGCUGGCCUCGCUGCAGCGCCUGCUGUGGGUCCGUCGGGCCACCAUGUUGAACCAUAUCAAUGAGGUCUGGCCCAACCUCUUCUUGGGAGAUGCGUAUGCUGCCCGGGACAAGAGCCAACUGAUCCAGAUGGGUAUCACCCAUGUUGUGAAUGUUGCUGCAGGCAAGUUUCAAGUGGACACAGGUGCCAAGUUCUACCACGGAAUGCCCUUGGAGUACUAUGGCAUCGAGGCUGAUGAUAACCCCUUCUUUGACCUCAGUGUCUACUUUCUGCCUGUUGCUCAAUAUAUCCGAACUGCCCUCAAUACUCCCCGAGAAUGGAUUCCACAGCCAGGACCUGGGAAACCUUGGUUUGAAGACUCCUUGAGGAGAAAUAUCCCACCUCCUCCCUACUUACCCAGGGGACUGACCAGGCAAGCAGACCCAGCUACCCAUAUCCUAACCUCCUCUGCUCUGCUCGGAUCAUUCCUCCUGGUUUCUGCUUUGCUGUGCUCAUCCAGGCUUCCUCAGCCAUCUGAGGCCGGGUCAGCGGGUUCCCUCUCCCUGGGAGCUACUAGCAUUACCCGUCCCCUGGGAUUCCCUGCACCUAGCUGCUACGGAGCCUUCCGUCAGCCCUCCACCUGCCCCUCUCCCACAAACCCCAUUCUUUCACAGACCUGUGCCAGUAUUUUGGCCCUGCCCUUGUACCUUCUGAGCAUGUGACGGGGCUCCUGUGACCCACAACUGCAACCCUGCCUGUCAGACCAGCUUUCUGGGGCUCCAGUUUAGUGACAUUGACUUUGGGAGUAAUUGGCGAGGAGGGUUGCUGAUAAAGCAGAAAUGAGAAAAUACACACAAGUACAACAAUUUUUCCAGGAUCAGGUGUAAAGUGUAAAAAGAGUGCUGGGAAAGGCAUUGUGUCACUUGGAUGGUGGAUUUGCAGGUAGGACUACCGAGGGGCUCUUCUGAUUCCUUUUAAACCAUGCCACAUAGAUAUAAAUAAGCUGGGGCUGGGGAUGUGGCUCAAGUGGUAGCGCGCUCGCCUGGCA